AUUAGCAGCAUAGGUAGCACCAUUUACUUUCUCCAAUCGACCGGCCAGCCGGCAGGAUAGAUUAGACAUCUAGAGAGCAAAGAAGCAACAAUUAGUGUCGGUAGCUGGAAGAAGAAGAAGGAGAGGAUGGGGAGGGGGAAGAUUGCGAAUGAGAGGAUCGACAACGCGACGAACCGUCAGGUGACCUUCUCCAAGCGACGCGGAGGGCUGAUGAAGAAGGCCCGGGAGCUCGCCAUCCUCUGUGACGCCGAUCUUGCACUCAUCGUCUUCUCCAGCACCGGUCGCCUCUACGACUUCGCGAGCUCCAGAGGCAUGGAGGCAAUACUAGAGCGCUACCAGGAGGCCAAACAGGAGCAUUGCGGAGUGUUGAAUCCAACAUCAGAGGCAAAGGUAUGUAUCCAUAGUAGCUUUUAGAAGCCACACACAUAUAUUUACCGAAGAAGGUCUGUCUUGUCAUCCUCCGAAGAUUAUGGACCCCGCGUCGUCUCCCUGGCGGCUCAGGGGUAAGAAGCGCCGCCGUCGCAACUUCUCGUCCUCCCUGUCCCAGUCUGGCCGUCGCUGGAGGGGCUCCCCAGCAAAGCCCGGGCCAGCCUCAAGGAAGGUAGCAGCCGGGCACUCGCCUCCGUCCUGGCGCGGGCGUGCAGGCUGUUGGAAAUAAUCCAUGUCGUGGCGGUGGCGAUCAGCGUCGG